UCACUUAGUUACAUUGUAGCGUUGGCUCCACGCUCGGCUCUGCAGGCUGCUGCAGCGACACUGGGGGACUCCACAGCCGCAAGUACAGAAAUCGCAGCGGGGAAUAUAGGCAGCAGCUCAGGAUGGAUCAUUAUGAUUCCCAGAAUAUCUAUAUGCAGCAGGAGGACGAUUGGGACAGGGACCUCCUGCUGGAUCCAGCCUGGGAGAAACAGCAGAGAAAGACUUUCACAGCAUGGUGCAACUCACAUCUCCGGAAGGCUGGGACACAGAUUGAGAACAUAGAUGAAGAUUUCAGGGAUGGCCUUAAACUCAUGUUACUACUUGAAGUCAUUUCAGGUGAGCGUUUGGCCAAACCUGAAAGAGGCAAGAUGCGUGUACACAGAAUCUCCAACGUCAACAAAGCCCUGGAUUUUAUUGCCAGUAAAGGUGUAAGACUGGUAUCCAUUGGAGCUGAAGAAAUUGUGGAUGGCAAUGCAAAGAUGACAUUAGGAAUGAUUUGGACAAUUAUCCUGCGUUUUGCUAUCCAAGACAUUUCUGUUGAAGAAACAUCUGCCAAAGAAGGCUUAUUGCUGUGGUGUCAAAGAAAGACUGCACCCUACAAGAAUGUGAAUAUCCAAAACUUCCACAUAAGCUGGAAAGAUGGUCUUGGUUUCUGUGCCCUUAUACAUCGGCAUCGCCCGGAACUUAUAGACUAUGGCAAAUUACGCAAGGAUGAUCCCCUCACAAAUCUAAAUACAGCUUUUGAUGUCGCUGAGCGUUUCCUGGACAUCCCUAAGAUGUUGGAUGCCGAAGACAUUGUUGGAACAGCCCGCCCCGAUGAGAAGGCCAUCAUGACCUAUGUUUCUAGCUUCUACCACGCCUUUUCAGGAGCCCAGAAGGCGGAAACAGCGGCCAACCGUAUCUGCAAAGUGCUGGCUGUCAAUCAGGAAAAUGAGCAGCUCAUGGAAGAUUAUGAAAAGCUGGCCAGUGAUCUGCUGGAGUGGAUCCGCCGCACAAUCCCUUGGCUAGAAAAUAGAGCCCCAGAAAACACCAUGCAAGCCAUGCAGCAAAAGCUGGAGGAUUUCCGGGACUAUCGUCGCUUGCAUAAACCCCCUAAGGUUCAAGAGAAAUGUCAACUAGAGAUCAACUUUAACACCCUUCAGACCAAGCUAAGGCUCAGCAACCGCCCUGCAUUCAUGCCUUCUGAGGGGAAGAUGGUCUCGGACAUAAAUAAUGCAUGGGGAGGACUGGAGCAUGCUGAGAAGGGUUAUGAGGAGUGGAUGUUGAAUGAAAUCCGGAGGUUGGAAAGACUAGACCAUUUAGCAGAGAAGUUCCGCCAGAAAGCAUCUAUUCAUGAAGCUUGGACUGAUGGUAAAGAAGUCAUGUUACAGAAGAAGGACUAUGAGACUGCUAGUCUGUCUGAUAUCAAAGCUCUUCUGAAGAAACAUGAGGCCUUUGAAAGUGACUUGGCUGCCCACCAAGACAGAGUGGAACAGAUUGCAGCAAUAGCGCAGGAGCUUAAUGAGCUGGACUACUAUGACUCGCCAAGUGUUAAUGACAGGUGCCAAAGAAUCUGUGAUGAGUGGGAUAACCUUGGAGCUCUAACACAGAAACGAAGGGACGCUUUGGAGAGAACUGAGAAGUUGCUAGAAACUAUUGAUCAGCUGUACUUAGAGUAUGCCAAGCGAGCUGCCCCCUUCAACAAUUGGAUGGAAGGAGCAAUGGAAGACUUGCAGGACACUUUCAUUGUCCAUACCAUAGAGGAGAUCCAGGGAUUAACCACAGCACAUGAGCAGUUCAAGGCAACAUUACCUGAGGCUGACAAGGAGCGCCAAGCAAUCUUAGGAAUUCAGAAUGAGAUUUCUAAGAUCAUGCAGACCUAUCAUGUCAAUAUGUCUGGCUCAAACCCCUAUACCAGCAUUACACCUCAAGAAAUCAACAACAAAUGGGACCAUGUCAGACAGCUGGUCCCCCGUCGGGAUCAGGCACUUACAGAGGAACACGCCCGACAGCAGCAGAAUGAGCGACUGCGGAAACAGUUUGCUGCACAGGCCAAUGUCAUUGGACCAUGGAUACAAACAAAGAUGCAGGAGAUUGGACGCAUUGCUAUAGAAAUGCAUGGUACCCUGGAGGACCAACUGAAUCAUCUGCGGCAGUAUGAGAAAAGCAUUGUAAACUACAAACCAAAGAUUGACCAGUUAGAAAGUGAUCACCAACAGAUUCAGGAAGCACUUAUCUUUGACAACAAACACACCAACUACACCAUGGAGCAUAUUCGUGUGGGCUGGGAGCAGCUUCUAACCACUAUUGCCAGGACCAUCAACGAGGUAGAAAAUCAGGUCCUCACACGAGAUGCCAAAGGCAUUACCCAAGAUCAAAUGAAUGAAUUCAGGAAUUCUUUCAAUCAUUUUGAUAGGGAUCACUCUGGCAGGCUUGGCCCGGAAGAGUUUAAAGCUUGCCUCAUCAGCUUGGGUUACGAUAUUGGAAACGAUCCUCAGAAGAAGAGUGGUUUCAUGGAGAGUGAUGAUUUCCGAGCCUGUCUUAUCUCCAUGGGUUACAAUAUGGGUGAAGCAGAAUUUGCUCGAAUUAUGAGCAUCGUUGACCCCAACAGACUUGGGCUUGUUACAUUUCAAGCCUUUAUUGACUUCAUGUCCCGUGAGACUGCAGACACGGAUACAGCUGACCAAGUCAUGGCUUCUUUCAAGAUUCUUGCUGGCGAUAAGAAUUAUAUCACUUCGGAUGAACUGCGCCGGGAACUGCCUCCUGAUCAAGCAGAAUACUGCAUUGCCAGGAUGGCUCCAUAUAUGGGACCUGACGCUGUUCCAGGAGCUCUGGACUACAUGUCUUUCUCAACAGCACUAUAUGGAGAAAGUGACCUUUAACCCUUCCCUCCCCACUCAGAUGUCACUACAGCAGUGCUUUCUCUCUGUAUCCCAUGUGGUUUCAGCGUUCACGCCUCUUGUGUGUCAUUUCUUAGUUCACCAGAAGAUAAAAUCACUAUCUCUCUUUUUGUGUGUGCUGGGAGCUCUGUCUGGCACUGCAAGGGUUAAUACCUGUUCAAAGUUUGUCCUUAAAGCGAGAGUUUACAAAUAAAAACAAAAACAAUUUUUACAGAAGACAUUUAAAAUGCAUAUUUUAUUAUCGAUGAUGUAUUUUUCUGCCAACAAAAAAAAAAAAUACCCCAAGGUGAAAUGAAUGCUUUGUGGUAAAGUUGUUCCGGCGCCUUGUUUAUGUUGCGUAUCCUUUGGUUACGGCAUUAUGGAGAUCUUAACAGGUUUAGCAUGAGUUACUCGCCUCACCUUAUUUUCCUUUUAAAAAAACAAAUGCAUUUUUAUUUUUUUUUUAUAUAUAUAAAUAUAUUUUUGUGGCAAAUUGGCAAGAUAGAGCUGUGGUGUCCAACCUGUGAACCCCUCUACAGCUGCCGUUGAACUAAAUGAUCCAGCCAACGCCUGUGAGAGGAGGAUGGUUACAGUACGGAUAUCCCAGAUCUUAUGUGCGGCAUUACACGGCUGCGAGUAAAACCUUCUUAGCUACUUGACCAUAUUUGUCAAAUGAAAAGCAAACUCUUUGUUUUCAAUAUUUAAUUUAAAGUACAAAAACUGUCACCAGCUCAUAAAGUUAUUUUUUAACGUUGCUGAACAUGGUUUAUUUUUUUUGUUUGGAAAUAUGAAGCUUAAAUAAUUUGUUCUCAAUAUUGCUUUUCACGGGCCAUAUUAAAGAAGUUCUUGUUUAAA